AAAUACGAGAGCACACGUGGACGGUGCUCUCGGCGUUCACUUCAACUUGUCUCUCAACCGUGACUACAACUCCCUUAAUCCUGGUUAUCAGAAUAAUGAGCGAACAAAUUGCAGUAGGGAAUGCAGUGGCAAAUGCUGCGCCUAGGGGAACACUCGUAAAGCUCAUCAUAUUCAGCGUCUGUUUGGGUGUUGCUCCUCUUACAAGCUAUUUUGUGUCACUCAAGUAUAUAUGGAGUGGAAAUUCAACGUUCGCAGCAAUCACCGCUGUCGCGGCUGCAAACAUCGUACUCGUUACAUACAUCGUACUUUCCCUCUUGGAGGACAGAUCUCGCCCACAUAAGGAACCGGAGACGAAGAAAAAUCGGUGACAUUGUCAUUAUGCGUUGCCCGCAAGACUGUCGAAAAUUUUCGCAUCGCUACUUAAGGCGCCCCCGAACAAGAUUCUCGAGAGUUUCGAC